GAGAGUUAGUUUUGGUACCAGAAAUUCAAAAAAAAAUGGAGUUGAGAGAGAAAGAGAGAUUUAUAAGGAAGAAGAGAGUCUUCCCCGGAGACUGGGGAUUAUCAUAUACAUAUACUGUGCGUAAAUAUUGUUUUCUUUUUUUCUGUAACGAUAAAAAAAGGGCGGAGGAGAAGAGGGGUAGGCUUCAUAUCUUUGGGUACUUUUCGGUGACGGAAUUGUUUCUCUCUCGCGCUCUCCCCGUUGCCGAUCGUCUCCCUGAAUGCCUCACCAGUGUUCAGGUCAAUUGUGGCGACUAAUAAGCGGAGGAGCGAGGGACCAAUAAGAUGGGAAACUCUCCCAGGAGCGGUGUUCGGAGAUUAGCAACGUGGUUGUUAAAUUCUGUAUCUUUCAUAUGCCAAUCAAAAGAUGUGAAGGCUAAUCUCCCAGAGAAGACUAACCCUCUAGGGAUCCUCUUACUAAUAGGAGCUCCCUCAGCUAGCAUAGAUAUUUGUUGAUAAAACUCACCUGAAUGAGAUUCUUCAAGAUGGCUGUAGCAAUUGACCAACAUAAUUAUGGUUUCAAGCUAUUUGGCCGACCACCAAGAUGCAAACUCCAAUCUUACUCUCAACUUGAUUUUUCCAAUACUGAAUUAACCCAAACAAAUCUCACAUAUUCACAUGAACAUGCUGCUCUUAACUUUCCCAACAUCCACAAAAGUUACUCCACCCCUUGCCUAUCUCUUUCCACAAAACUGCAGGAAGAUAAUGAUGUUGAGACUAAUCCAAGAAUUGAAAUCAUAGCUGGCCAUGGAGCUCCGCGGGUGCAUGCUCUAGUUGUUGAGGCUGCCGUAAUCCUGGCAUCUGGAAUCAAUCCUGAGCCAGUAUCAAGUGGCCUAGGUGGUGCUUACUUCCUACAAAGCAGUAACGGCAUUAGAAUAGCUGUGGCAAAACCAAUUGAUGAGGAGCCUCUGGCUGUCAAUAACCCGAAAGGCUUUGGUGGUAGAAUGCUGGGUCAACCUGGCCUAAAGCCCUCCAUCAGGGUAGGCGAAACUGGCUUUCGAGAAUUGGCUGCUUACCUUCUUGACCAUGGUGGAUUUGCUGGUGUUCCCCCAACAGCACUUGUCAAGAUUUCUCAUGUUGCAUUCAAUGUGAAUGGUUCUGAAACAAUGUUUUCUCCACCUUACAAGAUUGCCUCACUUCAACGAUUUGUGGACCAUGAUUCUGAUGCAGGGGACAUGGGACCUUCAUGCUUUUCAGUUGCCUCAGUUCACAGCAUUGGGAUUUUAGACGUAAGACUUCUUAACCUCGACAGACAUGCCGGAAACAUUCUAUUGAAACAAAGGAAUCAAGAAAGCUAUGCUGUUGAAUCAACAAAGCUUGUCCCUAUAGACCAUGGACUUUGCUUGCCAGAAUCACUUGAUGAUCCAUAUUUUGAGUGGCUGCACUGGCCUCAGGCCUCCAUACCAUUUUCAGAGUCUGAAAUUGAGUACAUUUCUAGUCUUGACCCAUUCAAAGAUGCAGAUCUCAUAAGAACGCGGCUUCCUUCCAUUAGAGAAUCAUCUGUUCGAGUUCUUGUAGUUUGCACCAUCUUCUUGAAGUCUGCUGCUGCUUCUGGGAUGUGUCUUGCAGAUAUAGGCAAAAUGAUGACUAGAGAGUUCUGUGGAGGAGAAGAAAGAUGGAGCGUUUUAGAGACUAUUUGUUCAAAUGCAAAGGCUAGCUUGGAAACCAGAGUUAUUGAUGUUAACAUCAACAUUGAUCAAGAUAUACAUGAAGAAAUCAAUGAGGUUUUUCAGUUUGAUGUUGAAUCUGAAAGAGUUGCCAGUGAAGGCUCAAACUGUCCUAAAACCUCACGGAGCUCUCUAUCGAGUGGUAAGCCACCAAAAAUUCCAAGGUUUUCAUCACUAGGGUCGAUGAAUACAUUGGAUGAUACUGUGUUAAACUUCUUCUGUCAAAAAAACGUUUGUGAUGAUGAUGUGAACAAUAGCUAUAUGGAUGGUGAUGGUACCGGAAAGGAUGAUUGUGAUUCAAGUGAGAAUAUGAAGGGUAGCGGGUUGAUGAAGAGCAAGAGCUACCCUGCAGCAGGAGCAUACCAGACUGUCUGUGGAGGGAUUUGUUUUGGUGAGAUGAGUGGUAAGGAAUGGUAUUCGUUCUUGGAGGUUUUUGAGAAGCUCUUGCCAGAGGCUUUCGAGGCCAGAAAGUGUGGUGGCUUGUCAAAGCAAAGGUUGGGAUCUUCAUACUAACAUUUAACAGAAUUUGGAAUCUGAAAAGCUCUACUGCCUCCUGUAUCUCUAGUGAUCAAUAUAGGUGUAAGUGUAAGCUGAAAUGACUUCAUUUAGAAUGGUGGGUAGAAGAUUAGUUUGAGUGGAAAUGUGGUGGUCAACUUGUCAUCCUUUCCACUCAUUUUCUCCCUUCUCAUCCAAAUUUAUCUUCUUUUAUAUUUUCCUCACACUUUUUUCCCUUUUUAUCUGAUGUAUAAGUUGUAGAAAAUUACCAUCCCCCCUAUUACAUUGUAAGAUUACUUUUGUGAUAAAUCAUGAAUGAUCAUUAUUAGUUGACA